GGGAAGGCGAUGAUGACAGCAACGCAGCUUCAGUGAAUGUCUGGUGUCUUCCCCUUGAUGUCCCUCUCAUCGCCGUCCUCCCGUCUUCCGACUUAGCAGAGCCGUUCCAGGAACAUGACGUCACAUUCCAGCAACAUUCCUGGAAUGGCAGUGUAGCCGCACCUCUGCCGCCUGUCAAGCCCUCGAUUUUCCAGGUUGACGGCGUGGCGGUCACCAUGGGUCUCCUGGGCCGCCUGCUGUGGACCCUAGGCACGGCCUGUGUGGUGACGGUCGGCGCGACGGGGGCGGCGGACCAGCAGGUGUUCUCCGUGCCGCUGGACGCGUCCGGGUCCUGCACCAUGUUCUGGCGCGUGGACUACGCGCGGCGCACGCUGCAGGUGGAGAUACACGCCGUGCUGCCGGAGCGCGCCUGGUUCGCCGUCGGCUUCUCGGACUACGGCGAGCCCAGCCCCGCCGACUACUGCGUGCUGUGGCAGGACUGGCGCGGCCGCACGCGGCUCCAGGACUCGUGGGCCGAGGGCGGCCGCCUGCGCGUCGAGGGCCGGCAGCACUGCAAGGACUUCCGCCACACGCGCGUCGGCAACGUCACCAAGUUCACCUACAGCCGCCUGUUCGACACGUGUGACCCGCACGACUACGUCAUCGAGGACGGCACGACGCACGUGGUGUGGGCGACGGGCGCGGGUCCACUGUUCCGCCUGGACGGCGUGUCGCUGCUGGGCGAGGGCACGCGGCGCGGCAUGCAGCGCGCCCAGCUGCUCAAGAACACCAACGUGGACGAGGGCGUGCCGGCCGACGCCUGGACGCUGGACGUGCGCGCCGCGCGGGUGCAGGUGCCCGCCGUGGACACGACGUACUGGUGCCACGUCGCCAAGGUGCCCCGCCAGCUCGCCCGCAAGCACCACGUCGUCAAGUACGAGGCGACGGUGCAGCACGGCAACGAGGGCCUGGUGCACCACAUGGAGGUGUUCCACUGCGAGGCCCCCGUCAAGGAGCAGGUGCCGCUGUACCGCGGGCCCUGCUUCGCCGCGACGCGCCCCGACGCCACCAAGGUGUGCAAGCGCGUGCUGGCGGCCUGGGCCAUGGGCGCCAAGCCCUUCGUUUACCCCAAGGAAGCCGGACUGCCGAUCGGAGGGGCGGAGUUCAACCCGUACAUCAUGCUGGAGGUGCACUACAACAACCCGGAAAACAAAUCAGACUGGGUCGACAGCUCUGGCAUCCGUCUGACGCUGAGCCCCACCCUGCGUCCGCACGACGGCGGCGUCAUGGAGCUCGGCCUGGAGUACACGGACAAGAUGGCCAUCCCGCCCGGACAGCCGCGGUUCCAGCUCACCGGCUUCUGCAUCGCCGAGUGCACUGAGGUGGGUAUCCCCGUCGGCGGCGUCCGCGUGUUCGGGUCGCAGCUCCACACGCACUUGACCGGCGUGCGCGUCGUCACGAAGCACGUCCGCGGCGGCAGGGAGCUGCCGGAGCUCAACCGCGACAACCACUACAGCACGCACUUCCAGGAGAUACGCCGCCUCAAGCGCCACGUCCAAGUUCUGCCGGGCGACGCGCUCAUCACGACGUGCACCUACGACUCGCGGCCGCGCCCCAACGUGACGCUGGGCGGGCACGCCAUCACCGACGAGAUGUGCGUCAACUACAUCCACUACUUCCCCAAGGUGGACCUGGAGGUGUGCAAGAGCUCCGUCAGCGACGCCAGCCUGCAGGCCUACUUCCGGCUGCUCCACGAGUUGGACGGGCAGGCGACAGGCCCGCACCUCGGCGUGUCCGACAACUACAAGACCGUGGACUGGACGCCGGUGCGCGCGCACGUGCUGUCCUCCCUGUACGCCGAGUCCCCGCUGGCCAUGCAGUGCAACAGGUCCAGCGGGGCGCGCUUCCCGGGGGACUGGUCGGCCAUGCCCAGCACCAGCAUCCUGCAGCCCCUGCCCGCGCCCGGCCGCCACUGCGCCAACCUGCACCACCAGGACCACGACCACGACCACGACCUCGACGAUGACGCCGGCCCGGAGCACCCCGACGCAGGCGGCCUGAUGGAGGACUGGGGCCAGGGGGACACCAUGAAGUGGGAGACCAACGGCCCCAACUGAUGGCCCUGACGGCGGGGGGGUUGCCUGCCUCGCCUGUCUGCAGGGGCGGAGGGUCAGCGCCAAGUAGCCAGAACAACAUCGUUUUUUGAAGCAAUUUUGAUCGAAAGCAGUCACCUUGCUAUCAAAAUGACGUCACUGCGAGUACUUCGUCGUCUGUGGGGGGUCAGAUAGCUGCUGGUUCUUUUUCUUUACCUUGCAUAUUUGAUUCAAAAUGUUUCCUCGCGUGUUGAUUGUUUCGUUGACUGGCAUAGCAUGUAAGGAAGCACUCCUUGUUUUAUUGCUGUUACAAGCGGCUCAGUGGGCAUCUCAAAACAUUGUACCAUAUAACGGCUUUGCUUGGGUAAUAAUAAGCAACAGGCAUAGGACUUUUAAAAUAUUUACUAGUGAUGUCUGUUUCAUUAACUUACGGCUGAAUCCUGUUUAUUUUUCUGUCACCGUGUACUCUUUCUAGCUUCAGCAGAAUAUUGGAUAAAAGCAUGUAUUAAAGUAAUAUGUUGAAAAUUCCCUUGAUUGUUUUAAAUGUUACAGCCAUAACAUUUAGGCACAGCCAAAGGAAAUAUAGUAUGCUAAAAAUUGUCAUUUGUAGUGCUUUGAAAGUUCAAAAUAAAAUAAUUGAUUAUUUUGAAAACAUAUUUGUUGUGAUGUGAUUAAGUAUGUACUUGGGUACAUUCGCUUACAGAAUAUUUGCAGGUUUCUUUAAUUCAAAAUAAAAAAAAAAUGAAGAAAAAAGUU